UACUGUAACACGCGUUGUCGCCGGAGACAGAGUUCGUCUUCACUGCCGCGAACACCGAGCGUUAAAAUGUCCGAUUCGUCUUCGAUUACGAUGCACCGCAAGUACGUUGACCCGUGGGACCUAGACCUGCGGGAGGUGUCGUGGAGACACUCGAGUGACACAACAGACUGUUCGGCUGACCACCAAGUCGUAUCCCUGUCGUCAGCGGCCGGACCUGUGUCUACACGAUCCGAUUUUGUGUACGUACCGGGUCCGCCAAAAAGCAACAAGUCAAGCACCGGUAGAACGAGAUCUCGAUCGGUAGCCCGGUACGAUUGCUGCCGAUGUUCGCCGAGUUCAUCAUCUAUGGCCCUCGUCCCGCCCGAUUCAAACGAAAAUCUAUACGAAUAUUGGGAAACUGGUUGCAAACCACCAUCGUAUUGCAAGUACUCUUCGGUAGAUCACCAUUUCUACCCUAUCGUUUGUGGAUCUUCGAAACAACAAUGUCGUCUACUAUACAAUGUUUCCAGGCCGGAAGUCCGCCGGAACUCGCGUUACGACAAUGGAGACAUGGAAUCAGUUCUGUGUCGAGCUUACAUGGCCAAUAGUGGAGAAUAUAAUUCAACUGAAAAUAUGGUAACUAGUCAAUUCCGCUACAACACUCUUGGUCAUAUGAAAAUUGAUUACUCUUCCAACUGGAACAAUCUGGAUAAAUAUAUAUGUCAAGUUUAGGAUAUCGAUAAUUAUGACUUGCAGCCUACACUCAUCAUACAUAUCUUCUACACAGAAAUGUUAAAAUUUAAAAUAAUUGAAGUAUCAGUAAGGUAUCUGCAGUUAUCUGUACAGUAUAAUACGCAAACAGACGUCAGCUAGUACAUUAUAUUUUACGUUUAAAUCAUAAGUAUGACGCAUUUAAAUAACUUUAAAAUGUAUUCUAUGAGUUGUAACAUAAAUUGUAUAUGUAUACUAUAAUCUAUUAUCAAUAAUGAUCAUAAAGUGCAGCUCCUGUAAGCAU